AUGUCACCCCAGCCGGACGCCCAAGGAAAUACCUCACCCCCCGCAUCGGUGAGGUCGACGGCCAGCCAUGGACUGCCCACGCCCGACGCCGAGCACGACCAAGUGACGCCCAAGAGCCUCGCGCAGACGGGCCGUUCACGCACCGCGCCCAUUGUCAACGAGAGCAACCUCUGGAAGUCGUCAAUUGACCGCCCCCAGCUCGACGAGCGCGACAGCAUCUUCGCAACUACGUACCUCGUCUCCGACAGCCCCAUCUCCUCCCCGCGGGCCAGCGCACGCAAUGUAGAUUCUGCCAACGAUGCUCCCGAACACAGUCUGGCUGAGAUGGCAGCGCCAGCACCUCCCCAGAGGCGAUUGAUGGAUCCACCCAUCAUACGCAGGAAACACUCUACCCUUCCUCCGCCUUCUUCCAUCGACCACCAAGCCGUCCUGACUACCCCCUUUAACCCCCGCGCAGCCAUUGCAGCCGGCAUGAGUUUCGACGCCAUCCAUCACAGUCCUCCGCCCUACAUGAGCCCAGUCGACUCGCCCGUACAACACCCCACCACCCCGCCACGUCCCGAGCUCCAAUACGAGGCUCUGCUGGAGAGCGAAGAGAGGCGCAGGAACAGGGAGUGGCGCGAAGGGAAGCCUGUGCCAUUCAAGGGCAACAUGAUCUUGGAUCAGCCCGUCAUGGACGUGGAAAUGGAGAAGAAGAUUGAAGCAACGCUUGCCAAGACCGAACAACCCACUUCCGCACGCAGUCGAAAAGCAAGUCACUAUCUGCGCGUAUUCAAGGAUGGCGAUCCUACUGAAGAGCCGAAGAAGAAGGACAACAAGACAAAAGAACGUCCUUCUGCUGAGAGGACCCUAUCCGCACUUUCAGAGGAAGGCUCAACCGAGACUGUCGGUCUCAUCGACCAGCUGCGUCGCGCAUCACUAGCUUCCUCCGUCGUGCAAUCACCUCUAGGCGGUCCGACUGAUUCGUACUUCGACGCGAAAGCGGCGCCUCGCACCGAGUCAGGCGUUGCCUCUACACCUCCCAACGGGAGCACGCGACCAGACGCAAGCUCUCAGGACAAGCACAAAUUUCCAAGGCGCCUUCUCGAGGACAUUCGCGGCUUCGGCAACCUGACUCCUGGUGCGGACCCCCGGUCUUCGUUCUCUCGCAGUCUACCCACAUCAGCUGUCGAAAAGGUUCACGCGCACGCACCGACGAAUGGAGCGACUCCCUAUGACGAGCCGUCCGAUUACUUUCAGGUUAAAGACGGAGGCGAUAAAGAACGUACGCCAGGCUCGGAGGAGGACGAAGAAUCGGAAAAAGAACAGAUCUCUUCGGCUCUCUACUUUCCCCAUCGCCGGCUUAAGACGAGUGAGCAAGUCCCUACAGAACCACAGAACCGAGAUAGAGAGGUGAAUGCUGUCGAUAAGAGGGCUUCAACUCACGAGGUUGCGGGGCCGAAAGGGUGGGCCACAGAGAAGGAUGUGCAAACUCCACAAGAAGUAGAAAUUUCUCUAAAGGCCCAAGAUACCAAUCAAUGCCUUCAUGGUGAUAUCUCCACGGCGACUUCCUUGAAGAAAGACAAAGAGCAGCCGCUGACCGCCCCCGAUGCGCUUUCAGCUGAAUCUGAGUCUGAGUCGCACGCCGAGUCUACUCAAUCAAAUCUUGGUUAUGAAUCCAGUGCGACUGAUGACCUAGGAACGACGCCCACUGCGACUUCGCACAAACAGGAAGCUAAGGCUGCUGCGCCUCAGGUGGCUCAGCCGCCAGCCCCACUGGGUGCUGUGGAGCUGAAGCCAUACGAUCACCAAGUUGGCGGUCAUUCUACUGUCUAUCGUUUUUCUAGGCGAGCAGUAUGCAAACAGCUAAACAAUCGAGAGAACGAGUUUUACGAGACAGUGGAGCGCCAGCAUCCUGAACUGUUGGAAUUCUUGCCAAGAUACAUCGGCGUGUUGAACGUGACCUACCGAAAAGCCCCCAAGAAGAAGAAGGUAGCCAAAGACAAAGCGAAAUCCGACGCUGCUCCCACUACUUCUGCGACACAGUCGGAAAGCGCUUCAAGACAGGCUUCAAAGGCCCCCGAAGAUCGGGGCAAUGCGGAACAACCUCGAGUGGUCAGCCACUCGCAGCAGAUUAUGCCCAUCCCUCAGAACGUAGCUGGCUCUGCGCCUACGAUAAGGAGGAACAGCACAGAUGUAGCUGGAUUGCAUCCACCACUUACAGAAGAGUCGACACGGAAACAAGUUCUGAAAGCUGAAGCGCACCGCUUUGCCUCGGAAAGGAGCGCUGAUCCUGCCGUUUCCAGCUCCCUUGGACAGCCAGACACCAACGCCGAUGCGCUUAAGCCACCAUCGAACAAUCUCCCCCGCCGUCGUCAUUCUGGUAGUGGACUUACUAGAAGGCCCUUGGGAAUAGACACUGUCCAGAGACACAACCUGGAAUACUAUGAAGAAGAUGGUUACGGUGGUGAUGCAGAGGAGGAAGUAUUUGCUAUGGACGAAGAUCGCAAUGCCAUGUCAGACGCAAAAGAUCAGCACCGAGGCCGAUCUGUGCAAACAUCUGGCGCAACAAACGGCGUUCAUCCCCCAAAACCAUCCGAGGGCACCAUGCUACCAGCCCCUGCCGCACCAAAUGGCAAUGGCGCCCCACUGGGCGAGGAGCCUUCCAAUCCCGAAGAAGCGCAACAACAACCCGACGAGCGCGUUCAGCACUUCAUCCUUCUGGAAGACCUUACCGCAGGCAUGUCCAGGCCUUGUGUCUUGGACCUGAAAAUGGGCACGAGGCAGUAUGGAGUGGAAGCCGAUGAGAAGAAACAAAAGUCUCAAAGACGCAAGUGUAAGAUGACAACGAGUGCCCAGCUCGGCGUACGUGUUUGCGGCAUGCAGAUUUGGAACGCCAAAACCCAAAGCUACAUCUUCGAAGACAAGUACUUUGGCCGCGACUUGAAGGCUGGCAGAGAGUUUCAGGAUGCGCUGAAGCGCUUUUUCUGGGAUGGGACAAGUUACAAAGCAGCGACAAGACAUAUUCCUGUCAUACUGGAGAAGAUCAGUCAGCUGGAGCGCAUGAUACGGAAUCUUCCAGGCUACCGAUUCUACGCAAGCAGCUUGCUCAUGCUCUACGAUCGUGGAGAUGGAGAGUCAAAGGAAAAAGACGCGCAACCCUCCCUGUCCAAUGGUCUAUCGAACCCGAGCAGCGAAGACGUCUCAGUAAUACCAUCCGGACCCACAUCACCUGGCCCGACAACCGCCUCUAAGCCGACACCUAAGCAUCUCCCAGAGAUUAAGCUCAAGAUUGUCGACUUCGCCAAUUGUGUCACCGCAGAAGACCCGCUGCCUGACGACUUACCUUGCCCACCCCAGAACCCGGAUGGCAUUGAUAGAGGCUACCUUCGUGGUCUGCGAUCGCUGCGGCUCUACUUCCAGCGCAUCUGGCACGACAUCAACGAAGAGUGGGUUGAACGAGGCGAAGGCGAAGGUAUGGCGCGCAACCAUCACCACGGCCCUGGCCUAGGUGAAGUCGGCGCGGGCUGGAUGGACGAUGCUGGUGGUGAAGACACGGGCUAUGCCAGCUUUUAA